CUAACGUACAGAACAGAAAAGCACUACUGCGAGUAAAAUCAAAUAAACGCUCAGCGAACGGUCAAAUAAUAAAUUUUACUAAAGGCUAUAGACGCGCGAAAUAAAAUUGGCGGAGACGCGUAUUAUUUUCUCUGUAACACACUGAACUCACAUUGAACUAAGCCAGCAAAAAGCAGUUAGUCAAAAAAAAAAAAAAAUACAAAAAAAAAAAAAAAUAUAAAAUAAAAACCCUUUUUGACCAAAACAACAAUCCCCACCAUAUCAGGCGGCUGCGCGUGUGUGUAGUUUUAAUAUUAACUGCCGCGUUUGUUUUCGUAUACACUGUUGUUGUUUUUAUUGCUUGCUUUAUUGCUUUUCCCUCACUUUUAUAUUUAAUUUCUUGUUAUUUCGUUUUUAACGCGCCGCUAUUUAACAUUGAGAUGGACAAUGUGCGACAAAUAUAACAAAUACAACGCUAGCAAAACCAGACGGUGCAGCAACGACUGCACUAAUAACAUCAACAACAACAGCAAAAACAUCGCCACCAACAGCUGCACAUGGAUGUUUAAUCUCCUGGCGGUCGCCUUAUUAAUCCAGCAUGUCGCCUGUGUCGCGCAGGCCAGCGAGCAUGUUUCCCUUGCGGCAACAACAACAACAGCAACAGCUGUGUUGACGACCAAGUCCCCAAUUUCGCCCCCUUUUACGCCUGUCGUGUUGCUGGUGAAGCGUCAUGUCGACAACGGCAACAGUAGUAGCAGUAACAAAAAGGUCCAAGCGACACAUACGGAUGUUGAGUUCGGGAGUCGCGCUACGAGUCGCCGCCUCAGUGCCAUCGAUGCUGUUGGCGGCAGUGUGGCCAGCGGCAAUGCAGGAGGUGAUGGACUGAAUUUCGCCGCCUAUGUAAACGGUGAGUUUUAUACAAAAGUAUAAUAUACGAGCAUUUAUUUUUAAAUCUCCGGCAAAAUGAAAUACUAUUGAUACACAUACAGACGCGCAUUCACAUACAUAUGAUUACAACAUUGCAUUUUUGGCCCAUUUUUGCCGCUUUUUCUCGUUUGUGAAUUUCAACUCACCUUCACUUAUUGCGCUUUGGCGCCGUUUUGCAUGAUAUUUUCCAAGUACAGUGCACAAAAUAAA